UGCGCCCAGACACCGUCGGCUCAAAGCUUCAGUUCCCUAAGCCCCAGAGCAACGAAGAAGAUAUGCCCUGAGGGAAGGGCGAGGAGGAUGGCGCUGCGCCCCACACCGUGACCCCAGUCUGUCACCCGCCUCCCGGUCCCUCCCCGCGCUAACUCUCCGGGCGCCCUUGCCGGCCGCGGGCGGAGCUCGAUCCGCGGCGCUCGGCGAUCCCCGGCCCCCGCCCCUUCCCCUGUCCCUCCUCCCCGGAGCCCCAGGCGGCCGCGACCGCGCCGUUCAGCUCUGCGCGGCGCGAGCAGCUGCCAAGGGGCCAAGGGAUGAGCGGGGCCCUCCUUCCCAAUGGCAUCUCCCCCUGGUCUGGAACUGAAGACACUGAGCAAUGGUCCCCGGGCCCCAAGGAGACCAGCUCCUCUGGGCCCAGUGGCCCCACCUCGGGAGGGUGUGGAGAAUGCCUGCUUCUCCUCAGAGGAGUGUGAGACCCAUUUCCAGAAUCCUGGGGAUGCCGGACUGGGCAGCUCCUUCAGCACCCCCGAGGGUGUCCCCUCGCAGCCCCGAUCCCAGCGGGACGAUCUGUCUCUGCGUUCAGAAGAGGGGCCAGGCCUGGAGCCUGUGAGCCGCCCAGUGGAUUAUGGCUUUGUUUCUGCUCUGGUUUUUCUGGUGAGUGGGAUCCUCCUUGUGGUGACAGCAUACGCCAUCCCCCGAGAGGCCCGUGUCAACCCGGACACAGUGACAGCACGGGAGAUGGAACGCCUAGAGAUGUACUAUGCCCGCCUGGGCUCCCACCUGGACAAGUGCAUCAUUGCGGGCUUGGGGCUGCUCACAGUGGGCGGCAUGCUCUUAUCUGUGUUGUUGAUGGUCUCCCUGUGCAAGGGUGAGCUGUACCGCCGGCCGACCUUCGUUCCUGGCAGGGGCUCCAGGAAGACCUAUGGCUCCAUUAACCUGCGCAUGAGACAGCUCAAUGGGGACGGGGGCCAGGCCCUGGUGGAGAAUGAAGCUGUCCAGGUCUCAGAGACCAGCCACACCCUCCAGGGGUCUUAAGUAAGAGCCCACCCUAUCUGGCUGCUUCAGCUUCAGGUCUACAAGGCCCCCAAAGGCCUGGGGUUUCAGACUGAGCUCCACAGAGGGCCCUGUGGAAGGAGUCUUCGGUGCCUGAUGGGGAGCCUGGGGGGCCUGGUCCAGGCUGUACUCAGGAGAGCAGCCCCCUGCUCUGUUUUGUGGCUUCAGGUUUUGCAUAAGGUUUUGUUUGGAGGAUGGCUUCUGCUGCUAAAAAUACAAAAGUUUGGAAACUGCUGCCCUUGGAGGAUGAGGUUUCUUGGCAUUUCCGAGGACUGGGAGUUGUUUAAAAGGCUGCCCAUCCUGUUCCUCAUGCCUUGGGGAAUUCUGGGAGCCUCAUUAGCAAAGUGUGGGUGUUGGGCAGUCUUGGAGGGACCCCUUUCAUUCCUGACCAUCUAAGGUGGGAGGUGGCUUCACAAUGAAGGGAGAAGUCAGCACUGGGGUGCUCCUUUCUCCAGGCCUCGGUCCCCUUGACUAUGAGGCAAGAGGGUGGAACUAGAUGACCCCUGGGGCCCCUCCAGUUCUGCUCUGGGAAUGGGAGCCCAGUGUCUGCCUCUGGCCACUCCUUCAGGAGGUGAGUGUCUGGCAGGUGCUGAUCAUUUUCUGGUGCUGGGUAGCCCUCCUGUCAGCCAGUUGGCAGCUUGCAGGGUCCUGCUGAAGAGCUCCUCAAGUCCCCUGGUUAGGCUGGGUUAAAUCCAAAGCUUUCCAUAGCCUGGUUUUGGUCUUGGAAUCAAAUUACCUGCAGUGACUAGAUCUCUGCACACAUUUUGCAAAGUCAGUUGCACAGUUUUCACCUUCCAACUCCUUGGACAAGAGGGAUCAUUUAUAUAAGAAAAGGUACGGGCUUUGUCGUAUUUCUGGGGAUACAUUGUGGCCUUCAUCACCUCCCCACCCUCAAUGGUGUGUUUCUGGGCCAUGACCAUAUUCUGGUAGCAGAAAAAAUUUUUUUAAUGCUGAAUCUGUAACCUCCUCCCAUCCCACCUUAGCAGUAAAAUGCAGCCCCCAUUUAUUUGAGGAGAAAGCAGGUACAUUCUGAUGGUCUGGAAACUCCGGCUACAUUGAUCGCUGUUCUACUUCCCUUGUGGAGUCUCCAGGCUCCAUCUAGACUCUCUUUAAACUACUGACAGGGAAAGAAAGUGGGCCUGGUGAGCAAGGUAUUUCAGGACUGGGAGAGGUACCAUCCACUCUGAAUGGCCCUAAGGUGGCUUUGAGAGCUCAUGCCUUCUCGGAACUGGGGUGAAGAUCCUAAAUGGGCCAUUUCUGUGAGUCCCUGACCCCAUGAAGGUCCUACUUACUCCAUUUCAGUUGGCCAUGUGGGCCAAGGAUCCUGUAUUCUGGGGAUGGAAGGGUGGAGUGGGCAUGGGGUCUGUCCUGCUUAGAGCAGCCCUGAUUAGCUGUAACUGAGCCUUCAGUCUGGUGAGUUGAACAUCUGGGCAGUGUAACAUCACAGCUCCUAUGAUGGAUCAAAUAUCUGCUCCUGCUGGCAGGCUUUGCCAAGGACAGAGGGCUAGGGGAGGGCUGGAGGGGACAAGGGCUGUUCAGUUUGGCCUGCCAGGUGCUGUUCUGGGUGUGGAAGGGGUGUGGUUUGAAAAGAACAAAGCCUCAAGAUGGUGAAAGAUCCACAAGUCCAGGGCUUCCACUGUUGUUCCAGUCUCUCCCAGGCUUUAAGUGAGGAGUGGAUGCAGAGAGUGGCAAGAGCUGUUCUGGGUAAACUACAGUGAAUUGAACAUCUCAAAUGAUGGGCUAAGGCCUUUCAAAUCCAUGAUGAUAAUAAUAAAAAUAUAAAUAUAAAUCCAA